CUCUCUGGGUUCGCGCCGCUGCCUGAGCUGGUAAAGCGCGAUCCUGAAACCUCGCCCGGCCUGCGGACCCGGCUCAAACCGGAUUUCUGCCCGGAACCCUUAGCCCGAGGGGCGCGGGACUGGGGCUCCGACUCUUUCCUUGGGUCCUGUGACCCCCACCCCCGAUUACGGGAGUCCCCAGCCCCUUCCCUGGAGUGAGGCCUAGCCCGUUGGGGUCCCGGGGUCCCCGCCGUCCCCCGCCAUGGGCAACACAAGCAGCGAGCGCGCCGCGCUGGAGCGACAGGGCGGCCAUAAGACGCCCCGAAGGGACAGCUCGGGGGGCGCCAAGGAUGGGGACAGGCCCAAGAUCCUGAUGGACAGCCCCGAGGACGCCGACCUCUUCCACUCCGAGGAAAUCAAGGCUCCAGAGAAGGAGGAGUUCCUGGCCUGGCAGCACGAUCUGGAAGUGAAUGAUAAAGCUCCCGCCCAGGCUCGGCCAACUGUCUUUCGAUGGACGGGGGGCGGAAAGGAAGUGUACUUGUCUGGGUCCUUCAACAACUGGAGUAAACUUCCGCUCACAAGAAGCCACAAUAACUUUGUAGCCAUCCUGGACCUGCCGGAAGGAGAGCAUCAGUACAAGUUCUUUGUGGAUGGUCAGUGGACACAUGACCCUUCUGAGCCAAUAGUAACCAGCCAGCUUGGCACAGUUAACAACAUCAUUCAAGUGAAGAAAACUGACUUUGAAGUAUUUGAUGCUUUAAUGGUGGAUUCACAAAAGUGCUCCGAUGUGUCUGAGCUGUCCAGUUCCCCGCCAGGACCCUACCACCAGGAGCCCUACGUGUCCAAGCCAGAGGAGCGGUUUAAAGCGCCACCCAUCCUCCCCCCACAUCUGCUGCAGGUCAUCCUGAACAAGGACACCGGCAUCUCUUGUGACCCGGCCUUGCUUCCUGAGCCCAACCACGUCAUGUUGAACCACCUCUAUGCACUUUCUAUCAAGGAUGGAGUGAUGGUGCUCAGCGCGACCCACCGGUACAAGAAAAAGUAUGUCACCACCUUGUUGUACAAGCCUAUAUGAGGAGCUGGCGGCGGGCCCCAGGGAGCCGGCCGCACCACCAGGCUACGUGCGUGCAUGCUUCCCGCUGGAGGCCAUGGACUGCAUUUCCCAUUUCACACUCAGACAUUUCACACCUGCCCUAGUCCUGCCUGGGGGGCGGUUCCGGGGCCGGCGGUUCCGGGGCCAGCAGCCCCGCAGCGCCACGGGCUGAAUCGGUCGUCUCCGCACCCCGUGGCCGAGAGCCGAGUCGGGGCCAGAAGGCCCGCAGCCCGCCACAGGGCACGAGGACCGGUGCAGGAAAUGUACAUCCGCCGGCUGGUCAUGGAGAGUUUUCUUAAGCCAAAAAUAAAACACUAGCCACUUUCAUAGCAAAAAUCCGGGAAGCAGGAACUGAGACCACACAAAAUUUCUCACUGUCUGUGCGUUUUUAAGGCCAUCGACUUGUCCCUCUGAGGCCUGGCUCUGGCGCCUACAAGUGCAGUGUGGGGUUGCCUGUCCUGGAAUCAGAGCGACUCCAGGGAGGUGUCAUUUCUGCAGAGAUGAGAACCUGUCUGGUCUCCAGGUGAAGUUUUACAGCUCGUAUUUACACUCAUGUGCACUAAGUUUUGUUGUUUUGUCUUGUUUUUUUAACCAGAAGUGGCUGCCUGUACAGCUUUUGGGCAGUUUUCUCAUCACCCCAGCUAGAAUGUAGGUCAUGUAAGCAAGCCGCUCAGCAAUAAUCUGUUCUCGGAACAGACUCGAGACCGCUGCCGGAUUUCUCCAGUGAGCUGAUGAUCCGAGGGCUGACCGCUGUUAGCUGGAACAGUGUCCGUCCGGCUCCUUAUCCUCCUAAUGAGGUGCCACUGUUACCGUGAACUCUGGAGAAGCACCCUGCCCUGGCCUGUCACCUUGCGCUGGACCUCUGUCCCCACCCAGCAGAGCAGGCUGUCGCAGUCACUGUCGCUUAUUCUGAAAGGAACCUAGAACCCGACGGCAGCCUUCUAAAUCUGUCAGGAAGACACCCUUUGGACCAAAGUGAACCUCUUUACACUCGGCUUAGUUUCCAGGGAGAUGCCAUUGACAUUCCCAUCAGUGCAGGUUCCUGUCCCCAAGUCAUCAGAAGCUGUCAUCGUGCCCUGUGUUCCUGCUGGGAGACAGGCACGAACUCCCUGGGGUCCAGAAUUUGUUCGGUGAACCCGAAUCCGGGGUACCCUCUUUGUUACUGUUCUCAGAACACUGGGUUAUCAUCACCUUGAUGUACAAGUUUCAAUAAAGCUUUGUAAAGAUA